AUCUGCUCCCCCCCCCCAGGAACCCCUCCCUUUCUCCAGCACACACCGCUGCGCAACUUUUAAGCCCCAAGCAGGCACCGCCUCCCCUACAUAAUGUCCAGCUCCUCUGUGGCCCUUACAGAGCUGCCUACCCGCCCCGGGUUUGGCACCACGGGCCGCCUCUCGAAGGUGAAGGUCAACAUCUUCCGCAUUUCCAACUUCCUGACCAACAACGUCUUCCAGUACGACGUUGCCAUCACCCCGGAUAUCCCCGAGAUCGACGUCUCUCGCCGUCUCUUCAAGCUUGUCGAGGCUCAGCUUCCCAAGACUGGCAACGCCAGUGGCCGAAACGUCCCGUUUGUGAUGGUUUUCGAUGGCCGAAAGAUCGCCUAUUCCAACGCCAGCCUGCCCGAUCCCUCCUUCUCGAUCGAUGUCGUCUUCAACGCCAACGCCGAGAGCGAGGUCGAAGCCCUUGCGUCCCUCCCUCUACCCGAGUCUGAUCGUCCGAUGUCUGGUGGUGGCGGUGGCGGUCGAGGUGGUCGAGGUGGCGGCCGUGGCGGCCGUGGUGGUGGUGGUGGUGGUCGUGGUGGCGGUCGCGGCGGCUUCUCGAGCGGCCAGUCCUCGGCCGCCCCCUCUCCUCAGCGCCAAGUCCCGACUCCGGCUCCCAAGAAGCCCACUGGCGAUGUGCACGCGAUGGGCAAGAAAUACACAGUGACCAUCAAGCAGGUUGCCGUCGUCAACAUGCACGAGCUCGCCCUGUUUGUACAGCGCCAGGCAGCCAUGAGCGAAAACAUUUCCCAGGCCAUGUCUGCCAUCAGCGUCGUCCUCCGCCACGUGCCCGGACAGAAAUUCAUCUCGGUCCGCAACAACUUUUUCUCGCCCUACAGCCGCAUCGGUAUCUCCCAGGGCCUCGAAAUCUGGCGCGGCUACCACCAGUCGCCGAUCGCAAUGCUCUCGGGCCACCUUGGCAUCAACAUCGAUGUGGCCGCGGCUGUGUUCCGAACCGGCGGCCGAAACCUGGUCGAUCUGGCUACGGAGCUGAUGGGCUGUGGAAGCCCGCAGGAGAUCCCUCGUGUCCGUGACUUCCUCAAGCUCCUCCGCGAACUCUUCAAGAACGCCAAGGUCCAGAUCUGCCACCGCGGUGAUACUGUUCGCCGCUACCGCAUCAAGGACUUUCUUCGCCAGACCCCGAAGGAGUACACCUUCACUGCCGAUGCCGAUGGAAAGCAGGUCAAAACAAACAUCCAGGAGUACUUCAAAAAGCAGUACAACUACACCAUCCAGUACCCGUACCUGCCCUGCGUUCAGUCUUCGAGCGCGCGCAGCGUCUUCCCGAUGGAGUGCCUGAUGCUGACUCCUGCCGAUCGCUUCAUGAAGAAGUUGAAUCCGGACCAAACUUCGGAUAUGAUUCGCGCCACCGUGCAGAAGCCGGCGGCCCGCAAGCGAGAUAUUGACAAUGCCGUCACAAGCAUUCUCAAGUACAACGACAACGCCUACAUGAAGGCGUUUGGUCUCUCGGUCGAUCCCAAUAUGACCGAGGUUGAGGCUCGCAUCAUCCCUCCUCCCGGCCUGGUCUUUGCCAAGAGCAAGACCCUCAACCCUCGCGAGGGCUCUUGGCAGCUGCGCGAUGUCCAGUUUGUCGAGGCCAUCACCAUCGACAGCAUGGCAUUCGUUUGGUACGCCCGCAAGAGCAUCGAGGAGGCUCAAGCCAUUGCUAACGAUCUGGUUAGCAAGUGGAAGAAGACCCUCAACAUCACGAUCAACAAGCCGCCUCCCGUUGUCCUCAUGAACCCCUACGGCGAGAGCGGAGACGUUGGCCAGAACGUGAGGGCGGGCCUGCGCCGUGCCUUCACCGACGCCCAGGAUGUCUACAAGAACAAGCCCAAGAUCAUCGUCUGCGUGAUUGAAAAGGGCAGCAAGGGCAUCUACGAGCAGAUCAAGUACUGCUCGCUGACCGAGGCCGGCAUCGCCACCCAGUGCAUCCUCAGCUCCAACAUCUUCUCGGUGGAUCGUGUCAAGGACCAGUUUGCCGCCAACGUGGCCAUGAAGAUUAACAUGAAGCUCGGCGGCAGCACCAACCGCGUCACCCAUCUCCCGCUGAUGGACAAGCCCACGCUGCUCGUGGGCUGCGACGUCACGCACCCCCCUCCCGGGUCCGCCGCCCCCUCUAUUGCGGCUCUGGUCGGCUCCGUCAACCGAUUCGGCACAUACUUCCGCCCGGCGAUCCGCACCCAGUCGUCGCGUGUGGAGAUUGUGGCCGAGAUGGAGCAGAUGAUGGGCGAGCUGAUUGACGCCUUUGUCAAGAGCAACUCGCAGCCCGGUCGCCCGCCCGUGACCCCUCAGCGCAUCAUCUUCUACCGUGAUGGCGUUUCCUUUGGCCAGUUCAAGGAAGUGAGAGAGAAGGAGAUUGCUGCAAUCAAGGCCGCCCUGGAGAAGAGAAAGAUUGAACGAUGCGCCAUCACCUUUAUCAUCUGCCAGAAGAGACACCACAUCCGUUUCUUCCCGCCCGAAAACAGCAACGACCGGGAUCGCAGCGAAAACUCUCUGCCCGGCACCAUCGUCGAGAAGGACGUCACCCACCCCUCCGAGUUCGACUUUUAUAUGCUGUCGCACUCGGGUCUCCAGGGAACUUCGCGCCCGACGCACUACCACGUCAUCUUUGACGAAAACAACGUCAAGCCCGACGAUCUGUACGCCCUCACGUACAACCUGGCCCAUCUGCCCGGUCGUGCCACGCGCAGUAUCAGCAUUGCCUCGCCGGCCUAUUUUGCCCACCACCUCGCCGACAAGGCCAAGCUCCUCCUGCAGGGCGACUUUAGCGAUCUCUCCAGCAGCGGCCGUGGCGGCGAAGAUAUCGUUCCCAAGCUCUCGCUGCUCACCACAGGCCUUGCUGGCACUAUGUUCUUUAUGUGAGCGUGUGCCCACCGGCAUGCCGAAAUUUAUGUGAAGCAACCGCGGGCUCUCCAAACAGUCACUCGAAUGAUCAGUACAACUUUCUCUCCGUCGUCCCUUCCUUCUUUCGGGUGGCUUACGAUCAUGCAUGUUUGUGCUUUCUUUACUUGCUCCCUCCGGAACGUCCCCAAUUCGUGAAUGGCGACUGACUUCAGGAUAUCGAAUAAAACCAGUGCUGUCCGUGUAUCCCCGG